AGGGCCGAGAGGCAGUUGAAACAUAAACGCAGCAUUAGUGAUCUCGCCAUUCGUCCGAAGCCGAAGAAGGACACACUCAAAGACAAGGACUUGAAGGAGCUGGUCCGCCUUUGCGGGUUGAGUAACUUGUACUUACCUCCAGAAUAUGCCCCUGGUAGUCUUGCGGUACCAACAUGUUUUCGUGCAACGGCUCAAUAUCUGGUACAAUAUGGAUCUACUACCAGGGGGAUUUUUAGAAUUCCUGGCUCCCAAAACGUUGUCGCAGCUCUAUAUAAUUAUUACUGCACAGUGGACCAAGAAGGAGAAGUCAUCGCUGGUACUGUCCGCUGCCCAACUUUGCCUGAUCAUAUCAAAUGCGAUGUGCACGACGUUGCAUCCGCUUUCAAAAGAUUCCUAUCUGGUGUUCCAGGUGGCAUUCUUGGGUCUUUACCCUUGUUCGAGGUUUUGGUUUCUAUUCAAAACCAACUUCAUGGUGAUCCCGAGUUACCAAGAACAAAGCAGAGCAAAGUUCGGGCAAGACUCAUUGCCUUAGCAGUAGCCACUUUAAGAUCACGGUACAGACGAGAACUCAUCUGUGCUGUCUUUGGGCUUCUAUCUGUGAUAGGGCGAGCAGCAGAGACGGCACGUAGAGAAGAUGAUCGGGAAUGGCCUUUGCCUACAACCGACCUGAUGGGAUAUGGUUCCUUGGGCAUUAUCUUUGGCCCACUCCUUAUUGGGGAUAUGCUAGAUAACUACACCAUGCACCUUGCCAAUCAUCAUGGUGGUCUAGUUCUGCUUCCGGUAAGUGCCCCAAAAUCUCGAAAGGAGAAGCAGAAGAAAACCAAAAGCUCCGAAGAUGGUAUGACUUUCAAUACCCACAUCGACAAAAUCAGGAUUGCCAAUAGUAUCACGGAAAUGCUAAUCGCCUAUUGGCGAGACGUUGUCCAUCAAAUGAAGGAUCUCAAAGCGCUUACGAGAGCCGGAGCGCGUAUGAGUCUUGCUAUCGGGGUUUCGAAGAAGCCUCCUCUGCGCCCCUCGGCGUCAGAGGCGUUUACGCUACAUAAGCCAUCAGACUGGGAUAAUGGCAAGUCAAUUAUUAGACGAGUGGACAGAAGCAUGUCUCCAGCACCAACAGACCGUGAGUUUUUCCAGCUGUUUAGGAGUAUCUGUAUGCUAAUAUUUAUGUACCAACAGGACAUAAUAGCACUCUAG